AUGGCCACUCCCUCGGCGACCCCCUUGGUGACCAUCCUAAUGACCAUCUCUUCCACUAUAUUCUCGAGUCCCAUCAAUGCGGCUAUGGCGGCCUCCUUCUUGGCCAUAUGGCAAACGAGAUUGUUUGUUGAUUUACCUGGUCUUGUGUCUCUCCGAGGGACCCUCCUGACGGCCAUCAGCACCUCGGCUUUCGCCUUUCUACUCUUUAAGUUGCUGCGGACUAAGGGGGCAAAAGUCAAAGCACCGCGGUGGGAUGGACCGGGGAAAGUUCUCCUAUUCCCAUGUUGGACGUCCCACUCGCGAUUAUUCCCAAAGAAACAUUCCUUCUCUUACCCGUACCUCCUGGUGGGUAUCCCCGUGGGUUUCGAGGGGAGCGUGGGCUGGUUCACCAUCGAUGCCGGCGACUACCUGGAGCGUGGCAAGUCUGAGUUGGGUCUAAGGGGGAAGCUGGACGAAUACCUUUGGAGCCAAGGCGUCAAUCCGACCAUCUACCCGUCCGCGUACUUGAUCACCGCUCCCCGCUUCCUGGGUUACCAAUUCAACCCAGUGUCCUUCUGGUACCUGUACGAUGCGGACCAGCGACUGGCAGCCAUGAUCCUAGAGGUCAACAACACAUUCAGCGAACGGCGGAUGUACUACCUGACAGCAGGCCAUGGUCUAGAAGACCAGAUCGACUGCUCGCCCGACCACAACACCCACCAACCCACCUUCAAAAAUACCUGGCCCAAAGACUUCCACGUCUCCCCCUUCAACUCGCGCAACGGCUCCUACAGCCUGUCAGCCUCCGACCCCCUAAACCCAUCCACCCAAGACGCCCCAACCCUCACCACCACCAUCACCCUCCUCUCCUCACAAAACCCCCCCAAACCCAAAAUGAUCGCCACCCUCACCUCCACCACCGCCCCCCUCAACCCCCACACCCUCCCCCCCUCGCAAAAAUACCACCUCCUCCUAACCUGGUGCCUCACCCCCCUGCUAACCUACCCGCGCAUCCUCGCCCAAGCAGCAACCCUCUCCCUCCGCCACCAGCUCCCCAUCUGGGCACACCCACACCCACACCCACACCCACAACCGCGCGGCGGCGGCGGCGGCACGCUCAGCCGGCCCGCGACGCGCGCCGAGCGCCACCUCGAGGCCGUCUUCCGCCGCUAUCUCGCGUGGCUUGUCGAGGCGCGCUGUGCGAGCCCGCUGGUGGUGCGCUACGUCCCGGCGGGGGUGGUGCCGGUCCCGGAGGGGGGUGGUGGGGGGUGCGUGCUGCGCUCGCCUGCUGCGGCGGCGGCUGGGGUUGGGUUGACGGUGGUGGAGGAGGUGGAGGUGAGGGUGUUGACGCCGGCGUUUUAUGGGCGCUUUGCGGCUGGGUAUGCUGGGACGCUUGAGGGGUUGGUCGGGGAGGGGGGAGAGGGUGGUACGGUGUGGGUGUCGCGGCCGGAUUUGCUGGCGUGGUUUGUUCCUGAGGAGAAGGGCGCGGCGGGUCUGCCUGAGGUGUUGGGUCUGGGGGAGGAUGUCCCCUUCAGGGUCUUGCAGUACCUACGUGGUGGGAAGGGGUUUGGGAUGUCGGGGAUGGAUGCGUAUGUUCUGGAGUGCGAGGAUGAGAGGGAGCGGGGGAUGUAUAAGGGACAUGUUUUGAGGGCGCUUUUGGCCGAGAGGAUUCCGUUUGGGAGUGUGGCUUUGUUGGAAGCGGUUUGGUUGAUGGUGCGGAUGAACCAUGAGAUUAUUAUCACGUGGAGUGUUUUGGUGCUCACGUGCUAUCCUUCGAACGAAGUAUACGCCAGCCUGAUGAUCCAGGCAUGGGCGCAUCAGGGGAAUUCCAAAUACUCGACAGGAGCGACCGUGGUCCAACGAGUCGGACCGGGGAAGGAGGGGCAGUCCUAUAGGCUGUCCGCCCUUGGUUUGAUCUUCCGAAAGCCGACAGCGACCGGACUGUUGCUGCAGUCGAACUCACAAGAACGCGAGGAGCUAAUUGGCAUCCCCAUGUCAUCCCAAGGGCAUCACCAAUGA